CAAAGGGUUCCUUCUCCUGCUGCGCCAUGCUCCUGAUGCCCCCCUGCUCCCAUCCUCUGGAGGUCUACCUGAUGCUCACCUUAUUGAUCACCAGGAUUCCCAGGGGCUCAGGUUCCCCUCAAAUUGGGGAUAGGAAACUGUUCCCUGUCUCCAGGUCCUCAGGUGUGAAAGGAAGGACAUUGAUUCUCCUUGAUGUCAACACCAAAACCCCCAUCAGGACUGUGAGUGAGAACUUCCUCUCUGUUCAGCUGGACCCCUCUAUCAUCCGUGAUGGCUGGCUGGACUUUCUGAGCUCCAAAAGGCUCGUGACACUCGCCCGUGGUCUGGCUCCUGCUUACCUGAGGUUUGGUGGCAGGAGGACUGAUUUCUUACAGUUUCAAAACAUCAAGAACCCGGCCAAGAAUAGAGGACCUGGCCCUGAUGACUAUCUGAAAAACUAUGAGGACGAUAUUGUACGCAGUGAUAUCUCUCUUGACAAGCAGAAAGGAUGCAAAAUAGCGCAACAUCCAGACACCAUGCUGGAACUGCAGAGGGAGAAGGCAGCUCAAAUGCAUCUAGUUUUGCUGAAAGAACAGUUUUCCAAUACAUAUAGUAACCUGACACUAACAGCCAGGUCUCUUGACAAACUCUAUAACUUUGUUGACUGCUCUGGACUUCAUCUGAUUUUUGGACUUAAUGCUCUUCGACGAAACUCAGAUAAUUCUUGGAACGGCUCCAGCGUACUCAGCUUACUAAAAUACAGCGCCAGCAAGAAGUACAACAUUUCAUGGGAACUGGGGAAUGAACCCAACAACUACCGGGCGCUGAAUAGCCGAGCUGUGAAUGGCAGUCAGCUGGGAAAGGACUACGUUCAGCUGAAGAAUCUGCUGCAGUCUAUCCGGACUUAUUCCAGAGCACAUUUGUAUGGCCCUAACAUCGGGCGACCCAAGAAGAAUGUUAUAGCGCUACUUGACAGCUUUAUGAAGGUGGCAGGCAGAGCGGUGGAUGCAGUUACCUGGCAACAUCACAAUGUGGAUGGACGAGUCGGUAAAGCGAUGGACUUCAUGAAAACACGACUGCUGGACACGUUAUCUGAUCAGAUUCGGAAAAUUCUGAAAGUGGUAAAUGUGCACACCCCAGGGAAGAAGGUUUGGCUCGGAGGUGUCGGCGCGCCAUGGUCAAGGGGAACAAAUAACUUAUCCGAUACAUAUGCAGCAGGGUUCCUGUGGCUGAAUACAUUAGGAAUGUCGGCCAAUCAAGGAGUUGAUGUUGUGAUCCGUCAUUCAUUCUUUGAUCAUGGAUAUAACCAUCUGGUGGAUCAAAACUUUACCCCACUGCCGGAUUAUUGGUUGUCCCUUCUCUUUAAGAGACUUGUGGGUCCAAAAGUAUUAGCAGUGCAUGUGGCUGGUAUACAGAGAAAACCUCGCCCAGGAAAAGUCAUACGUGACAAACUGCGCAUCUACGCUCACUGCACCAGCCAUCAUAACCAUAAUUAUGUGCGAGGAUCAAUCACCUUGUACAUCAUCAACCUACAUCGGUCAAGAAAAAAAAUCAAGCUGGCCGGAACAUUGAGGGAUAAGAUUGUCCAUCAGUAUCUUCUACAACCUUAUGGAACAGAGGGAAUCCAGUCAAAGUCAGUCCAGCUGAACGGACAGCGUCUUGUUAUGAUUGAUGACGGAACACUCCCGGAUCUAAAGCUCCGCCCACUGCGACCUGGCCGCACCCUUGUCAUCCCUCCACUAACCAUUGGCUUCUAUGUGGUAAAGAAUGUAAACGCCGUGGCUUGCAGAUAUCGAUAGUCAUAGCUUCUGCCAUAAGAAAUAGAACAGAGCUGCAACCAAAGACAUGUUGAUUCACUAAAAGACAAAAAGCGUGAAAUUGCAAGACUUCUUCCCCACCAAGCUCCAGGCCACCGAGUGACUGCAGGGCGGAUAAGUGCCGCCUGCCAGUUGUAACCCUUGAAUAUACUGCUGGUGGGGUGGGAACACGAGCUGUAGUUUCUUCAAGCUCAUAACCGGGUGGUGUCCCCCAUGGGAACCAAUGAAAAUGUUUUGUUUUUAUUUUGUAACCCAAAUUUGCAGAAUUGGAUGUUGGACUUCUUUUGGUUCCUACAGGACACAUCAUAUUUCUCACAAUUCAAGUGGAAAAACAAACAAGCGUCUUCCAUAGUCUCCAUAGUCCGAUCAAAAUCACUGAUUUUCUAAU